CACCAGCGGGAAGUGGGUGGCGGCCCAGCCGGAGCUGAGCGCAUCACUGCUCGGCUUUCGCUAGCUCCAGCGGCUGUAGCCAUUGCCUCCGGCGCUGUUCCCUGAGCGCUCGCCUCGCCGCGGUCUUUCCAGCCCGGAGCUCGCGCGCUCGGCCUCCCGCUGUCCGGCGGUGCCUGUCGCCCAGCGUCCGGAGCCGCCGUCCCGGUCCUCGGUCGGUCCGCCGUUAGGCCGCGCCUCAGGCCCUGUUCGUGGCGACGCCGGCAGGUGAUGCCAAAUACAGCCAUGAAGAAAAAGGUGCUGCUGAUGGGGAAGAGCGGGUCGGGGAAGACCAGCAUGAGGUCGAUCAUCUUUGCGAAUUACAUCGCGCGCGACACCAGGCGCCUGGGUGCCACCAUCGACGUGGAGCACUCCCACGUUCGAUUCCUGGGGAACCUGGUGCUGAACCUGUGGGACUGUGGCGGCCAGGACACCUUUAUGGAAAAUUACUUCACCAGCCAGCGGGACAACAUCUUCCGUAACGUGGAGGUUCUGAUAUACGUGUUUGACGUGGAGAGCCGCGAACUGGAAAAAGACAUGCAUUAUUACCAGUCGUGUCUGGAAGCCAUCCUCCAGAAUUCACCUGACGCCAAAAUCUUCUGCCUAGUGCACAAAAUGGAUCUGGUUCAGGAAGAUCAACGUGACCUGAUUUUUAAAGAGCGAGAGGAAGACCUGAGGCGUUUGUCUCGCCCGCUGGAGUGCGCUUGUUUUCGAACGUCCAUCUGGGAUGAGACGCUCUACAAAGCCUGGUCCAGCAUCGUCUAUCAGCUGAUCCCCAACGUUCAGCAGCUGGAGAUGAACCUCAGGAAUUUUGCCCAGAUUAUUGAGGCUGAUGAAGUUCUGCUGUUCGAGAGAGCUACGUUCUUGGUGAUUUCCCACUACCAGUGCAAAGAGCAGCGUGAUGUGCACCGCUUUGAGAAGAUCAGCAACAUUAUCAAGCAGUUCAAGCUAAGCUGCAGUAAAUUGGCCGCUUCUUUCCAGAGCAUGGAAGUGAGGAAUUCUAACUUCGCUGCCUUCAUCGACAUCUUCACAUCAAACACGUAUGUGAUGGUGGUCAUGUCCGAUCCAUCCAUCCCUUCUGCAGCUACUCUGAUCAACAUUCGUAAUGCCAGGAAACACUUUGAGAAGCUAGAGAGAGUAGAUGGCCCCAAGCACAGCCUCCUCAUGCGUUGAGUAAUGCCAAAUGCUCUUUAGUAAAAUGCUGAAUUACCUUUCUUUUCUUUGCAUCCCUGUUUUUGAUAUUCAUGUCGUGUGCUUAAAAGUGAGCUUUGAAACGUAUGCUUAGGAUCCCAUAUCUUCCCUAUUCUUUGCAUUGGACGCUAUUUACUCAGCUACCCAGUAGAGCUUCAAGACGGCCUUUAUGAAAAGUUGGUGUGGUGUAACACUGAAGUAGGGGAUUUGUGUGCGUGUUCUGGUUACCUGGUUAUAAUAGAUAAGAAUAUUAAAGUAGUUAUCUUCUGUAUUAUCAGAUUACAAAGGUGGGAUGUUACUAUUUUAUCAGCAAGAUAUUAAAAUGUAUUUCUAAGUCCUCGGUUUCAAUCAUGAAUAAACAUUUAUUGUUAGCAAUUUAAAAUGUUGUUUGAAAUAAUUUGAAGGUCCUUAAUAGUAAAGAUUCUGAUUAUCCACAAGUAUUGUUUAGCUGGCAAACUUCCCGUUUUCCUAGUUGGGCCCCCAUCACUUUGGCAGUGCUU